CACCCCUUCCCUCGCUACUCCAAACACCGCAUCACUUCCCCCAUCUCAUCCUCCUCCAUGUCGCUCCUAAGGUUUCACCUUGCCCCUCUCGCCAUGGUUUGUUAACUUCCUCUCUUGGCUUCUCCCAGUUCUCGCGAUCCGCUUCCUUGGCACGAUUCCGCUUGCGUCCACGGAUCGCCGGGUCCGAUGGGGCGGAAGAAGAAGAAGAACAGAUUCCUCGACCUGCGCCCGCUAAUUUUUCAUCUCGUCUCUAGUUUUCUGCCCUCGUAGGGCCUAAGCAAGAGUAGGUUUUGGUGGAAUUAGCUCGCGGACAGCGUAGCUGUUGGUGGCAAUCGGUUGGAUCGGUGCGGAGAGCGAUGGAAUCGCUCCGUAGGAAGAGGAAAGGUACUAAGUCAUCGUCUUUCGUCGAAUCGAACUUGUCCGAUGACCGGAAGUGCAAGAAGAAGUGCCGGGAGAUGGAAAAGGUUGGAUCUCGCAAUGGCGGCGGUGGGGGAGUCGUGAUGACCGCCCCGCCGAUCGGGUGUUCGUUGCCGGGUACACCUGCGCGGGGUUUGAAGAGAAAGCUGGGAUGCAUCGACUCUGCCACUCGGAUAGGGCGGAAGAAGAAACUGGAACAUGAGUACGUUCUCGGACGGGAGAUCGGACAGGGGAAGUUCGGGUCGGUGAGGCUGUGCCGGAGCAAGGCCAGCGGCGAGGAGUUCGCCUGCAAGACGUUACCCAAGAACGGAGGGGAGACUGUGCACCGCGAAGUGGAGAUCAUGCAGCACCUGUCGGGCCACCCGGGUAUCGUGAUGCUGAAAUCGGUGUUUGAGGACUCCGACUGUUUCCAUUUGGUGAUGGAGCUGUGCUCCGGUGGGCGGGUUUUGGAUCAGAUGAUUAAGGAAGGGAAGUUCUCGGAGCAGAGAGUGGCGAUGAUGCUGAAAGAAUUGGUUUUGGUUAUCAAGUAUUGCCAUGAGAUGGGAGUCGUCCACCGGGAUAUAAAGCCCGAGAACAUCCUGCUCACGGGGUCAGGGAAGACAAAGCUUGCUGACUUUGGAUUGGCUGUGCGGGUUACUGAUGGUCAGAGACUAUCUGGUGUCGCUGGGAGCCCGGCAUAUGUUGCCCCUGAAGUUCUGUCAGGACAUUACUCGGAGAAGGCAGACAUCUGGAGUGCUGGUGUCCUCCUACAUGCUUUGUUGAUUGGGUCUCUCCCCUUUCAAGGGGAUUCACUGGAAGCAGUUUUUGAGGCAAUAAAAAAUGUGGAACUUAAUUUCCACAGUGCUGCAUGGGAUUCAGUCUCAGAGCUUGCACGGGAUCUAAUCAGUCAGAUGCUAACUCGUGACACUUGUGCAAGGAUGACGGCCGAUGAAGUCCUGAGACAUCCAUGGAUUGUAUACAACACUGACCACCCUUCCAUCGGAUCAGCUAAUCAUUCGAGGAUCGUAUUUGAUUCGGCAAAUGUCUCUUUAACAUUGGAAAAUUUUGGUACUGAUUCAGAGUUGCAGGAUGAUUCCGGCUUUGUGGAUGCUCUUGCGGUGGCAAUCUCGCGCGUCACUAUAUCGGAGUCGAAGCGGAGUAGGUUCUGUAACCCUGAUCCUCCAAUUGAACCAGAGUGCUCCUCUAACAUGAAGGCUAACCUCUGCACUGCAUUCUAAGUAGCCUGUGUCUCAUUCUGCUGAGAAGAUUGACUUCUCUCUAUUACUUGAUUUGGCGAUAACACCAAGGGUAGGGUUUGAAAGCCUACUUGUGUAUAUGGCUAAAUAUCGUAAGACUUACUACUGCAUCAGUGUAGUGUAAGCUGUACAGAAACAUGCAUAUUUCCUGUAAAUAAGGUAUGAUCUCCUCCUCCCCUGCAUGUCUCCGAAGAUUAACGUUAGAUUCACCUUCAUCAUAGUUUUGACUCGGAUAAAUCUUCUCUCUUCUGACUUGAUGUUAUCAGAUGGACAAAUCUCGAAAGUGAAGUAACAACAACAGCACUACUCAUCUGUUAUCAGAUAUGCUUACAACAGUGUCAAGCAAAUAUUUAUGUGUAGGAUAAAUAUUGAAUCCUGUUUGUGGUUGACAAAUGUUGGAUGGAGA